UGCCUGUAAACCAUAAUCCUGGGUGACCUCAUAGUAUGACCCUAUUCAGACGCCUAACAGUUUUGAUUUCAAAGAUAGAAUGAUGUAACGACAUUUGGGAAUUUUUAAAGUUAAAUAUAUAAAGGACAAUAUCAGUUGUCAAAAUCAGUUCCCAAAGAUAUUUGAUAACAACGUCAACUAUACGUAACAACUUUAUAUAAAAGGGAAGAAAAAGAGAAGAACAGAGAUUCAAUAAAGUAUAUACAUUUUAGAAUAAGCCAAUAACACUUUGACCAGAGCAUAAUCUUCAGGUCUUCUACACAAGCAUGAGUCUUAGGAAAUUUAUUAGGAAACGCCGUAAGAAAGAUGUAGAGGAUUGGUAUACUGGUGAUUCUGAAACUGAAGAUCAGUCUUGUUUUGUCCGGAAUGGAACCCUGAGAAGAUCAUACGGAACACAUACGGAGUUUAUACGUAAUGGUACUACGAGAAGAAGUUUGGACAAUUACCAAGGUAUGCUCCAUUUAAAUACUUUACAAAGAGGAGAAUUAAAGGAUUUAAGACAACAAAACGAGUUCCAAACAAAAAGAGCAAAUAUGUUAGAAGCUUUUAAAGAAAACCAGCCAAAUGUUUUAGGACGCGAUAGAGAAGACGAACACCAGAAAGAGCGGAGAAAGUUAGAAAUAUUAUACAUGAGUCAGGAGAAAGAAAACAAGAAACUCGAAAAAGAAUUGGAAAAGUAUAAAAAACUAUGUCAUGCCUCGGAAAAAAAUCUCAAGGAACAAUGUGAGCGGUCCAAUAAUUUUGAGAAACAGAUGGUUGUUGUACUUGGCCAUCUUUCAAAGUUGGAUACAACUACAUUAGUAAAAGAAGACAUAGAACAAGUGAUUCAAGGUGUAACUUCUCAGUUAAACCAGCAUUCCAAACUAUUAUCAACGAUAAAUGAGAGAACGUUGGAGACAAGCAACGAUGUCAAAAGUUUGAAGAUACUUGCUCAACUUGGACCUGAAAUCAUCAAGAAGAAAAAAAUGAAAUCACUGCCAGAAGAUGUAAAGUCGGCUUUACAGAGACUUGCAAGUCUUAUUGGACCUCGAUGGCAAGAACUUAUACCUGCUCUUGGUCUCUCCCCAAGUUGUAAUGAGCUAGGAAAUAGUUCUCGUACAUCAUCGGAGAAGUUUUGGAGAAUAAUUCAAUACUGGUAUAAUUCCGACCAAGAGGUGUCGCUGACUAGCCUAAUCACAGCCUGUAGGAAGAUCGGAAUCGACAUAGUUCGAGAUAAGCCAAUGCCGGAAUACCACCAACGAAUCCUUCAGAGACAAACACAAGGACUUAUCAAUGAUAUCAUAGACGUACAUCAUGUAGUUCCAUACCUACAGACAGAUUUAGUUAUGUCAAUAAGCCUGAUAGAAUAUAUUUAUUCAGGUGCUGACAGAAGUACUCGAAUACUCAGAAUGUUACAUGCUCUAACUGUUCUUGGUGAGAACGCCCUUCCCGUCUUUGUGAAAGCCCUGAGAGAAUCUAGCCAUGAUCAUUUGGCAGAAAACUUUAAAGAUUGCCUUGAGAAUGGGACGGCAGAUGAAAAAAUGGCGUUACCAUUAAUAGAUAAAGUCCAGUGUUUUGAAAAAGAUUCACAGUGCAUAACAGUCCCUAUAGGCAUAAAGGAAUUUGCAACAAUGAAAACCAAACUUGAGUUAUGCUAUGCAGAGAUUUGUAAAAAUGAACAUAUGAAGACAAAUAACAUUAAAUUUGAAGAGAGAUGAAUUAAUAUCAUCCAGUUGUUAAAACGUUAUUUGAUUUAUUUUAAAAUUGUAAAUAUAAAAUUGUAAGUCAUAUUGCAUUCAAGAUAUUUGUAAUUUUGUAUAUAUUUGUUAGAAUUCUGUUAAUUAAGUUUGUCAUCAAUUUCACCCAAGUUUUUC